AUGUUCGUAACACGUUUUCGACGCUGGUAUUUUGGAAAUCUUUCUCGGGCAGAAACAAAUGAUAUUUUAGCAGAACAAGAAAGUGGAACAUUUCUCGUUCGUGAUUCAACGACAUUGAAAGGAGACUAUGUCCUAUGUGUUAAAGAAGGAGUCAAAGUAAUGCAUUACAUUAUUAAUAAAAUUGAACAAGGUGGAACAUUAAAAUAUAAAAUUGGACAAAAUAAUUUUGAAGAUAUGCCAUCACUUUUAAAACAUUAUACACUCCAUUAUUUAGACAUUGCUCCAUUAUUAAAGCCAGUUUCUAAACCAAGUGCAAUUAAUGGAAAAGAACGACAAAUGGCAUCAGGCUCUGAUUCAAAUGAUAAAAUUAAACGAACAUCAAGUAAUGAGACAAAUAUGAAUCAUGAUUCUGUGAAAUCAGAUUUUACUGAUAGUACCAACAGUCACCCAGAUGAAAGACAUAGUUCCAAAACUAUAUUAAAACUUCCAGCUAAAGCACGUGUUAUAAAAAAUCGAAUACCAAGUUUAUAUGACAAAAGUGCAUUACGUUUAGAAAUUGGUGAUAUUAUUUAUGUGACAAAAGCCGAUAAUAAUGGACAAUGUGAAGGACAAUUGUUAUCAUCAAAUCGUCAAGGAACAUUUCCAUUUAAUUAUGUAGAGUUUUUUGAUGAUAAUGAUGAUGUAAAUAUUAUUAACAAUGACAAUAGUAUAGAGGAAACAAAUAUAAAUAAUAAUAGUAGUUUCGAUGAAACAAAACAAAACUAA